CACACACUUUAACGUCCUCUGGCACAGAAGACACCUCUCCCAUUGCCUUUAAACACACAUCACAAGACAAGCGCCUCUGUCAACAGCGAGAAGGUUUUCAAUGGAUAGACGUAGUUAAUAUGAACUUAAAAAGUUGUAAUAGAAACCGUGGUGGAAGAAAAUGAUUGAAACAAACCGUAGGGUCUUUGUGGUGAUUCUGCAUUUUAUUACACUCUCGAUGGCUCUUCAUCAAGACAGGUCAGUGAAGGAUGUGCUGGAGCACUCUGGGGGUCGCGCUGGGCCAGGACUCUGCAGCUAUGGUCAAACCACUUCCUGCUGUUUGGGAUGGAGGAAUGUUAACGGCAUUUGUCAGCCGGUGUGCAAGAAGUCAUGUGUAAAUGGAAAAUGUGUGGGACCAGACAAGUGUUUAUGCUCCACGGGGUAUAAAGGACCUCAGUGUGAUGAAGAUGUGAAUGAGUGCGGUUUUCUGGAGAGACCAUGCUCCCAUCGCUGCAUGAAUACACACGGUAGUUAUCGCUGUUACUGUGAACCUGGAUACACACUCAAUGCAGAUGGAUACACCUGCACCAGAGAGGCCGCAUGUUUCUCCCUGCGCUGCCAGUUCGGUUGCCAGAUGGAGAGAGGGGGAGCGGUGCGCUGUCUGUGUCCCCCCGGCCUCCACCUGGCCGCUGACAGCAAGACCUGUGAAGAUGUCGAUGAGUGUCGGCGAGAUGCUGAUGUGUGUCCACCACGGCAGACCUGCAAGAACACUUUCGGCAGCUUUGUCUGUGUGUGCCGAGAUGGCUUUGUGAUGGGGAUGCUCAAGGGUGCGGUGCAAUGUCGAGAUAAGGAUGAAUGUUUAAUUGGGACUCACCGGUGUAGCCGCCAUGCUCAGUGCGUCAACACAGAUGGCUCCUACACCUGUCAGUGUUUGGAGGACUACUCCGGCAACGGUCGCACCUGCUGGCCCAGGAGAGCCCCACAGUCCAAGGCUGACAUGUACUUCAUCUACAAACUCUCCAAAAGGACCAAGCCCAUACAACCUUCAUCUUAAAGCUACUUCUUACAAUUUACAUGGAUCAAACCAAAAGGGACACGCAACAUUAGAGCAUUACUUAAGGGAUGUUCAGGUCAAAACGAUGGUUAAUAGACAUGAGGAAGUUUUCAGUACUCUCAGAACAUUUCUCAGGAAUUUGUUAAGUUAUAAUUUGACCUUUCUUUUUAAAGCGUUUUCCUUUUGAGGCUGUCAUUUCUCUAACCAGUCAGCAAGGCAAAAACCUGCAAUAACCCCAGCACCAUUAGUUGCCUGUUUGAAGUCUGUUGAAGGAACCCUUCAUUUAACGAAUGCAACGCAACUGGACCACACUCUGUACUUUGCUUGUGUGAGCUUCUGAUCAAAUGGGCUGUGAUGACAGGAGAGCUUUCCUUGCGCUGGCAUUGCCAGUGUCACAGAAACACCACCCAGGUUUUUGCAUGUUGGACCUGCUUUGUCCCACAAAAUGCUGCGUAAAAAUUGCAAACAUUGCCUAUGAAUCAUUGGUAAUUUAUUAAACAUUUCUUAAGUUUUUUCUUGAUAGAAUAAAGCUGUUUUUUGAGA